AUGCCCGAAUCCACACUGGCGAUGGCCAACAAAGUGGACAUGUCUUUGGAUGACAUCAUCAAGCUGAACCGGAGGCAGCAAGGAGGUCCCUGGUGGGGCCGGGGUCGCAGAGGGGCCGGCUACCAGAACUUCCGUGGCUUCAAAGCAGGCGGCGGUGGUGAGCCUAGGAGGAAGCAGCCUGCCAUGGCCCUGCGCGGCAGGAACCGGGUGGCACCAUACAGCCACCAGAAGCAAAGUCGUCGGGACAAGUGGCAGCAGGACCUAGUCCACAGGGCCUUCGUGGGUGGAGCCAGCGUGGACAGCGGUGGGAAGCUGCUUGUGUCCAACCUGGACUUUGCAGUGUCCGAUGCUGAUAUACAGGAAGUCUUUGCUUCAUCCGGAACCUUGAAGAAAGCCACCGUGCACUAUGAUCGCUCUGGACAAAGUUUGGGGACAGCAGAGGUGCACUUUGAACGGGAAGCAGAUGCCCUGAAGGCUAUGCAAGAGUACAAUGGUGUGCCUUUGGAUGGCCGCCGCAUGAAGAUCCAGCUCGUCACAUCCCAGAUCCUUAUGCAACCAAGACCUGCACAAAGCAUCAACAGAGGAGGCAUGACAAGAAACCCUGGCUCGGGAGGUUCGCGUGCCGGAGUCACCAGGAGAGGGACAAGUGGAGGCUACCAGGGACGAGCUAGAGGGGCCAGCAGCAACUCGAAGCAGCAGCUUACUGCAGAGGGGUUGGACGCACAGUUGGAUAUAGUGUCAGGGUUCCCUUGCUUCCUCUACCAUCUAUUGUUCAACCUGUGCGAACUGUACGGUCCUUAUCCCGGGAAGAUGUCCGGAGACACGAGAGUAGGAGAAAAAGAGAAGCAAGGGCGCUGGUUUCCCCUCCUCUACAGCUGCUCCAGCAACAUCUACAGUUCCAGUAUCCCUGGGCCCCUCCUGAACAGCCCCAGUGAGAAGGUACAUCCUCUCGGAGAUCCUGACUCUUAG